AUUAUUCGAAUGAAUAUUUUUUUUUUCUUCACUUUAUUUUGAUCAUUUUCAAAUUCAUCGAAAUCAAGAUACUACAGAUUUUAUUGCCUUCAAUUUUCAUUCGAUAAUAAUGGAUUCUCGUAGCAUACCAACGUUGGAUGAAAAGAAUUUAUUAGCUAAUUAUCAGGCAUUAUUAGCUGCACAUCAUUCAUCAAAUAAUGGACAACAAACGGCUAAUUUAGCGGCAAUGAUGGCUGCAGCGGCUGCUGCUGCAGCUGCAUCAGCUUCUUCAUCUUCAACAUCAUCAUUAUCAUCAUCAACAACAACUGCCGGUAUUAAUCCAAUACAAUCGACCAAUUCGAAUCAUCAUCAUCAUCAACAACAACAACAUCAUCAUCACCAUCACCAUCAUCAACAACAACAGCAGCAGCCGCAACAGCCAAUAUCAUCGAUCCAACAUCAACAGCAACAACAAUUAUCGAUGCAAUAUAUGGCUUCAAUGUUACAGCAAAAUGAUACAUAUAAUGUGAUACAAAAUGGAAUGGCAUCAGGUGUACCAACAUUACAUUUGCCAACCAUAUUCUCUUAUUUAGGCUAUACAAAUACAUUUCAAAAUGGACAGAAUGGUCAAUCAACAUCAACAUCCACAUCAUCAUCGAAAUCAUCAAAAAAUCAAUUAGAAUCAAAAUAUGGAAAAUUAAUGGAUGUUAUUGCUGAAAUUGGACGUGAUGUACGGCCAUUAUAUACUGGAUCGAAACCAGCAUCCGAUCGUUUACGACGACAAAUCAAUCAGGCUAGACAUUUAGUUCGUGAAUGUCUUUUGGAAGUGGAUCGAAAAUCAAAUCAUUCGAAUCGUUCUAUAUCCGAUUCAAAUCGAAACAACAACAACAACCACCAUAACAACAAUAAUUAAUUGUGAUCAAUAGAUUUAUUCAAUUGAAAUAGACAA